UGCGUGUGCAGUGAAGCGAUUAUAUUUUGUUUAUUGAUUGCACGUUCAUUUCAGAGAAGCGAAUGUAAAAGGCAUGUUUUUCGAUUUCGUUGAAAGUAUAAACGUACUAUGGAUUAAGUAAAGCCUGUCAGUGUUUUACAGCACUCCUUCGUGAACGAAUAUCUCCGAGCCUUCUACAGAAAUCCGAGGCCUAGUCUAGGCCUUAGCUCACUAAGGAUGAAUCUAAAACACCUCUUUCAAGAUUUCAACCCAGGAAAUUUCUUGAUCUAUUCAUCUCUAUUGCUGUUUUCCAUAUUGUUUGCCCUGAAAGCAGAUAGCUACAUCAACUGUAGCUGGUGGCUUGUAUUCCUUCCAUUAUGGAUUUGGAAGCUCCUAGUCUUUUCCGGUGCCAUUAUUGGUGGUUUUGUGUGGUGGAAACAUCCGGAAUAUCGAAUUGAAGGCGAAGGAUAUGUGGAUAUGAAAGCGAUCAUCAUCAGCGUAGCGCUUCACUCGCUUGUGUUCAUAUUUGAGGUUCUCGUCUGCGACAAUCUUGAGAAUAUGCAUAACGUAUGGUUGGUGGUUUUUAUGCCGCUGUUUAUGACGGCCCCCAUCUCUAUCGCAGCAUGCGUCUGGGGCUUCAAGCACGACAGAGGGCUUGAGUUUGAAACAAUGUGUGCAAUUAAUAUUCUCCAGUUUAUUUUUAUUGCAUUGAAGCUUGAUGCUUUUAUCAAUUGGAGUUGGGCGAUUGUCUUUAUUCCUAUUUGGAUUAUAAUGGGACUACUCUGUAUGGUAGACAUCAUUUGGUCAAUCCUUAUCUUCCGAGCAACGGAGACAAUGCCAGAGCAGAGGCGGGCGCACGUAAUGACAGCGUUUGCCCGAGCCGUUCUAGUUGUACCUCUGUUAACUUUUGAAAUUCUUUUAGUGAAUAGAUUAGAGGGAAUAAACGAUUACCCACUUCCAGCUAUAUUCUGCCCUCUAUAUUUAUCUUUACUGGUUUUACUACCAACCUCAUUUGGACAGCGAGGGAAUAAUCAAUGGUGGUUUGGAAUUCGCAUGGAUUUCUGCUCGUUUUUACUGGAAGUGUGUCCAUGUCUGCAAGAAUACGGCAAUAUAACAUAUACCCUCCAUCCCGUGGAUGUUCCACCUGAGACGGAGCAGAUACCGGUUCGCUCCAUCCCAAAUCCGAAUCCCAUGGUUAUAAACACGACCUCUGGGAAAUUGGUCGCUCCCGUGACAACCAUUGAUAUGCCUGAUUAACGAUUUCUUAGUGUGGAAUUUUGUAAUAAUGCAAUAUGUCUUUGUGUAUAAACGAGGGCUGAAAUGAGUUGAUCAUUUGGAUCGACAAGAUUGUGAUGUUUUGUUUCAAGAUAACCCUGCUGAAAAACACUCAUAGGUUCGUCCUAGGACUCAAGCGAUGGGUUGUAGAGGAAACAACAUGUUAUGAUUGUACCUGAAGCCUGUCCUCAGGGAAGUUCCAUUAGUAGUUCCCAGCUUGUCAAGGCCCAUAUAGGCUGCUAACAAUUUUAUUUCAUUUUAUUCAAUUUAUCAGUCAUACAAUACUAAAGUCUGAGCCCAGAAAACUAAAGAAACAGUAACUAGAGAAAUAAAAAAAAAGAAGUUUUUAUUUAUAAAACUGAAAAUUAGUAAUGUUUUAAAUGUA